CCCUGAACACACUCCCGAUGGGAGGCUUCACUUUGCUGUUUUGUGAGCAGUCAAAAGCGCGCAUGAACGCGGAGACUUUUAUUUUGGGUAAAAUCUACUGUUGACGUCGCGAUGUUACACUAACAUCGACUACCGCGAACUUUAAACGUCUUUGAAUUGAACGAGCUAAAGGCAGAAUGCCGCUGCACAAUAUACCGUCACCCGCCGCCGUAAAGGUCAUAUCGGGAUAUAUUUUACCGGAACGUCACGUUGUUAACACGGACCAAGAUCACGUUUCAGAAAGUGAAGAUGAAGAGGACAGACAGCCGGAAUUUCUGGACAUGAAGGAAAUGGACUCGGUCUCAUCUGGAGGACAAAUGUUUCAUUUCUCAUUUCCGGCUUCAAAAGAAGUGGAUUUCAUGGCUGGGGGUAUCAUGUACCGGAUUGAUGGUCGUUUUCCCUUACGUGAUCCCUGGUGGUCAAUCACCUGCACAGUUCGCAAUGCCCAACGCAAGUGUUUUGUCAAAGGCCAUCCCUCAUACAGCCUCCGAACUGAUCUGGGGUCAGAGGGACAGUCUAUUGUGUCUCUCUUUCUUACAGCUUGUAGUGCCUUACCAGAGUUUGUUACCAUGUUUAUGGCCUGGUUGCCCAAAGACAGACAAGUGGAGCCCGCUAAUGUGAUGGACGCCCUGCAAGAUUUUGAGGAAUCGAAACCAGAACAUAAAGCCAUAGCCGAUCACCUCAAGUCUAUUGUCAAUCGCUCCGCUCCUGGAACACACGUGAGGGUUGCCAGCAUGUAUCCUGGAAUCAUGAAAUAUUUGCCGACAUUGCUGCCAGGCCGGUUUAUGGCAAUAAUAAACAAAGGAAUAAUGAAACCGUCACCAGACGCUCCGGAGGGGGAAGACUCCACUCAGCCUCCUCAACAGCAACCGGAUAAUACAGAUGUGUUGGCCAAACUGGAGGCACUUAUAAAAACUGAUGUUUGGAAGCUGGGUUUCAAUUAUAUCAUGUUCAAAGAAUUACACCUCGUCCGGUGUGAAGCAAAAGUGGAGGCCUUUGAGCUCUGCGGUCUGUUUAACACAAUCCCUGACCUGCAGAGAGAUGCCCUGCUGUUGUACGCGGAAAUAAAACGCUACUGCAGCGCCACGGGCAGCACGUACAUUCAGCAGGACAAACUGGAGGAUAAGAUUGGGUAUGAGCGUACCUGGGAAGCGAGGCACUUCCUCGAGGAGCAGGGCGUGCUGAAGAGGGAAAGAAAGAAAGUGGCGCUUCAAAACCUCUUUGGAUACGAGAACGGCAUCGCUGAAUGCUUGAGGUCCCUGGUGGAAAAAGAACCCUGGAGAAUCCAGCUGAACGUAAAAAAGGUUCUUCACAGAGCUCAUCGGAAGAGAUUGAGGGCCAAGGCUUGCGAAAAUCAAAAUGCGGUCUCAGAUCGGUCUCUUGGUGAUGAUGUCCAGGCCAGUUCUUCAAAUAUGGAAGACGAUGAGAUGACGUCAGACUCUGAUUCAGACUCUUGGGAUCCUGAUCAGGCUGCUCUAGAUUUAGAUCCCGAUCAGGUGCGAGCGGCAGAAAUGAUGUGUGAGAACCCGGUGACGGUGAUCAGCGGAAAAGGGGGUUGUGGUAAGACCACGGUGGUUAGUCUGGUCGUCAAGGCUGCCAUGAAACAGCAAACAUCUGACAGGGAGGAAUCGUUGAAGGCCUGUGAGGUCUUUCAGAACGACUCUCUGGGGUCUAGUGACGGGGUGCUUACCGGCACGCUUAUGGAAGGACUAAACGGCACGGAGAGCGACGGUAAUGACAAAAAGCCUUUGGAGGUUCUCCUCACUGCUCCUACAGGAAGAGCGGCUUCACUUCUUACUAAGAGAACCAGUUUCACAGCUUACACCAUGCACCAGGUGUUAUGGAGUUUCAUGUGUGCAAAAAAAGAUCAGACCGGGGAACCCGAGGAGUGGAAGUUCUCAAAAGUGCGGGUGCUUGUGGUAGAUGAAGGCAGUCUGGUGUCUGUUCAGAUUCUUCACUCCCUUCUUAGCAUGCUCUCCAAACAUGCCCAACUCCAGAAAUUCAUCCUUUUGGGGGAUGUGAGGCAGUUACCCAGCAUUGAUCCUGGCAACACACUGUAUGAUCUGUUUGAAGGUCUCAGGAAGGUCCGCUGGGCCAUUGAGAUGCAGACAAACCAUCGAGCUGAGUCUGAGCUCAUCGUCAAAAAUGCUGGACUAAUUGCAGCAAUGGGUAAAAGGAAGAGUUAUAGUCCUCUGGACUUCGAUGCCAUCAUAGAUAUGACCAGUCAUUGUUCAAUCCCAUCAAAUGAAAGCUUCAUUUUUGUCCAGAUCUCUGGAGAAAACUAUAAUAUGGACCUCCAGAAUGCCAUCAAAUUCUUACUUGAGAAAGGUCCUGGACUCAAAGGCGACAAAGCUUCACAGUUUGUGGCUUUUAGGAGAAAGGACUGUGACUUGAUCAAUGAGCUUUGCUGCAAGCAUUAUUCUGGUCAUAUAACAAAGAAUCACAAAAAUAAAAUCAACUUUCAGCCGAACGAUAAAGUUUGCUGCACAAAGAAUGGCUACGUCACAGAGAUAGACAACGAACCCACACAAAACGAGACUUUAACUGAUACAGCUGGACCUUCUCAGGUUGCUCGAAAUUCACGUCGUAGUUUUGAAGCGUCAUUCGUUGCUGCCGGAUCUUCCCGUGAUUUUUCUGGAACCCAGAAAAAGGACCAGUCUAAAGAGAAUGAACGACUGUGCAAUGGAGAAAUUUUCUUCAUUAAAGGGGAUGAUACAAAAGAGGAUAAGGGUGGGAAAUGCAGAAAGAAGCGAUACCUCACACUAGAUGAUGGAGACGGGCGGGUGGUGACUGCCAGCUUCCGGGAGCUUCAGAGAGAAUGUAAACUACGUCACGCUUGGGCAAGAACCAUUCACACCUUUCAGGGCUCAGAGGCAGAAACCAUUGUGUAUGUCCUUGGAGAUAGCAAAGGUCAGAACUGGCAACACUUUUACACGGCUGUGACACGGGGUCAGAAGCGCGUUUAUGUUGUGGGUAGAGAGGCCGAUAUUGAAAGAGCCAUCAGGAAAAUGAUCAUCCCACGUAAGACCCGAUUGUGCUACCUUGUCAAAAAGGUGGUCUCCCAACCAGGCCCUGAAGGGGAAGACACCCUAACACAGUCUGGACUCAGUCAAAGUCUUUUGGAGACCCAAAGUUUUGGGCCUUCCCAAAUAUCAGGUUUUGAACCUACACAGUCCACACCCGUCUUACAUACCCCAAACUUCUCUCAGCCGUCCAGUAGCACCAGACCUUCAUGCACACGACGCCUCGACAAAAACAUUGAAGAACCUGACAUGUCUUUAGAAGAUGACAUGAGAUUUAGUCAAACUUAUUCUUGGUCACCCAUGAACAUUUGUGAUGAGCCAAGCACGACGGAAGUGGAAUUUGAAUCCGAAUUAUCAUAUCAUGACAAAGAUGCAGCGUUGAUGGGAACGAUUAGCUCUUCUCCAAGUGAUAGCAGCAGACCGCCUAAACGACAGGGGCAAGCAGAAGACUGCACCACACCGAGCAAACUAGCAAAGCAAACCACUUCCGAAGAGUCUCCAUUAGGAUGCUCAAGGAUGAACCUUCUCUCCAUCACGAGUCCCGGCCCCAAACCCCAUGGCAGGAAGCUCUUCCGAGAAAGUUCUUCUGAAAAGGAACAUCCGUAGGCUAAUUUCACACAUACCGAGGUUGAAAAUAACCAUGCACACAACAAGAGGAGCGAGCACACUACUGCAUUUUAUCUAUUUUGUUCCUUGAGAUAGGCUAUAUUCAUAUGAUGUUCAGAUGAUGUGGGGUUCCCAAUAAACAACAUUUUAAUAAUGAAUAGUUGACAUUUUUAAAUCAGCAUUAAGGGUUCUGUGUUAUUAAGAAAUAGAUUUUGUAUUAUUUUGUAUACUAUUUGUAAAAUAUUGUAUAGAUUUUAACAUUUAAUUGGGUACCCAUGCAAAAGCAAUAUUAUCCAUCCAUACCUGCACCUAACAAAUUGUAAAUCAUUGUAUAACAAUUGUGUAAAAAGAGCAAAAGGAAAGAUGUUUGGUUAUAAUAUAUUGUGGUUCUGGCAGCAAUGUGAAGAGUGUAGCUGCUGUUAGCUUUAAUGAUAGUAAUGUCAAAAUCAUUAAUAAAAUGAUUAAUGUAAGGAGCCCAAAAAUGGAUUUUUCCAUGUCAAACUAUUUGGAAAUUGUAAUUACAUGAAGACUAAAUUUAUACAUUUAAAAAUACAGUUUUGUGGGUGUUUGUGUUUAUAUUUUGGAUUGUUUUUGGCCUUAAGCAUGUGGUGCGUUUUAAGUAUAAAUGCUGUAAUGUUCUCUGGAAGUUAUGGAGUAUAUUAAAUAGUGUGUGACAUGCUA